CCAGCGUUCUUCGAGUUCCUGCGAUUAACGAGCUCCGGAAUUUUCAUCGAUAUGGCGUCGUUCGUUCAUAUCAGACGUUUUGCUGCUUUGUUUCUUUUGGCGACGAUUUUCCACCAUGAAUUGGCGGUUGCUGGGAGGGUCGAGGGGAUUCAGGGUGACUUCCGGUUGACGAACGACAGCGAGGUCGCUGCUAGCGAGCAUGCAGGUGGCAGCAGGCAAGAAGAGAAGGGUGGUGGCAUGGAACUCCACGAGGACCAUCGAGAUAUCGGAGAAGAGAAGGGUGACAAGGGUUACAAGGUCUUCCACGAAUUCGAUAAGGGCGAGAAGGGUCACCACGACAAAGAGAAUCAUAAACAACAAUACGACGAGAAGGUGGGCGAGGAGGAGGAGAAACAUGAAGCGGCUGAUCAUUAUGAUGAAAGUCAUCACGGCGAGAAAGGUGAGAAAACUGGGGAAUUCGACGAAGAGGGGAAACACCAGAAAGGAUACAGCACCAAGGGAGAGCACAGUAUUUCCAAGAAGGACGAGUACGAGAAGAAGCACGACUUCUAUGAUGAGUACCACGAGGACGGCGAGAACGAGAAGCACGGCGGCUACCACCAUGAACACGAGGGCAAGAAAGGUGGCCACCAGAAAAUGGGCCAUGUGGACUCUGGCCAUAAUGAGCAUCAUCACGGCAAAAAGAAGAAACACGAAGAGGGCCGCCAUCACCGAAACCAGAAGGGUCGUAAGGCCGCCGAAGGCCACGACAGUCAUCAUCGCGACGAGAAGAAUUACGGCAAAAAAGGCGGUCAUGAAUCUGGGAAGAAAUGGUUCGCUAGUAACGGCCAGUAAACAUCUUUUAAAGAAUCUAGGUUCCGCGUGACGACAUAUGUACUCCUUUUGACAAGAGAAGUUUCUUCUCACUUGUUAAUUUAUGAUUCAUUUGCAUAUUAGUGUUUACGUUUCGUUUUAUCAAACGAUUUAUCAUCAUUUGCGCAAUCAGAACGCCGAAAAAAUGCGAACAUUUCUACGAAAGUUUCGGGUGCUGCUAAACCAGUGUUGGA